CGAGGGGCGGCCCCGGCCCGGCUCCCGCAGCCGCGGCGCCGCCCCCGCAGCCGCCCGGCCCCGCUCCAUCCUCCAUCCUCCGCCCUCCUGCCUCCCGCAGCCGCACCGAGCCUCACACCGCGGCGGGGCCGGCCAGGGCCGCACCAUGACCGAGACCACCAAGACCCACGUUAUCCUGCUGGCCUGCGGCAGCUUCAACCCCAUCACCAAGGGGCACAUCCAGAUGUUCGAGCGAGCCCGGGACUACCUGCACAAGACCGGACGCUUCAUUGUCAUCGGCGGCAUCGUCUCGCCCGUGCACGACUCCUACGGGAAAACGGGGCUGGUCUCCAGCCGGCACCGCUUGACCAUGUGCCAGCUGGCCGUGCAGUCCUCCGACUGGAUCAGGGUGGACCCCUGGGAGUGCUACCAGGACACCUGGCAGACCACCUGCAGCGUGCUGGAGCACCACCGCGACCUGAUGAAGAGAGUGACUGGCUGCAUCCUCUCCAAUGUCAACACACCCUCCAUCACCCCUGUGAUCGGCCAGCCCCAGAACGAGUCCUCCCAGAGCAUCUACCAGAACAACAACAACGUCUCCAGCAAGCCCACCGCGGCAAAGAUCUUGGGGAAGGUGGGAGAGAGCCUGAGCAGGAUUUGCUGUGUUCGCCCGCCCAUGGAGCGCUUCACCUUUGUGGAUGAAAACGCCAACCUGGGGACAGUGAUGAGAUAUGAGGAGAUUGAGCUUCGCAUCUUGCUGCUCUGUGGCAGCGACCUGCUGGAGUCCUUCUGCAUCCCUGGCCUCUGGAACGAGGCAGAUAUGGAGGUGAUCGUCGGGGAGUUCGGGAUCGUGGUGGUGCCCCGGGACGGAGCAGACCCCGAGCGGAUCAUGAACCACUCCUCCAUACUCCGCAAGUACAAAAACAACAUCCUGGUGGUGAAGGACGACUCAAACCACCCCAUGUCAGUUGUCAGCUCCACCAAAAGCAGACUGGCCCUGCAGCACGGGGAUGGACACGUUGUGGAUUACCUCUGCCAGCCUGUCAUUGACUACAUCCUCAAGAGCCAGCUGUACAUCAAUGCCUCUGGCUAAGUGCCCGAGCCCUGGCAGCGAGACCGCCCUCGUGUCCCGCCUGCCCACAGCUCUGCAUCACUCUUCUCUCUCUCUCAGUCUGUGUCUCCAUCUCUCUCCCCAUCCCAUGGCCUCCUGCCCGUGUCUGCCUCUCACCCCCAGCACCAACACUGUUGUGCAGCCAUGUCCAGGGAAUGGUUUGGUCUCUUUUUCUGGGGUACUGCCCUGCCCUGUGUGCAUGGGGAGGGAGGAGGGGCUGGUCAGGGAGCGACGUGCUCCGUGUGCUCCCAGCAUGUCCCUGGGAAAUGGUCCCCUCAGUCCAUCUUCCCAGCAUGCUCAGAGCAGGGGCUGCCUAUUCUGCAUCAUCUUACACAACCUAAGCUCAAUAAAUCGGGGUGGAUUUUUUUUU